AUGGAGGAGACAAAGUCCACCACAAACCAGCUCUUCAGGUACUUCCUCUUGAUCUUCUUGGGGUCGAGGAUGAUCUCGGUGUUGUCCUCGAACACAAUGCCCGUCCUGAAGUUGAGCACCAAGUCCAUGAGGAAGAAUGUAUCGGAAACCACGUUGAAGAUGAUCCAGGGCGUGGUGGUUUCAUCCUUGAAGAAGGAGAUCCCACUCGAGGCUGAGGAGCACCAAGAUGGCUUCGUGCUCCUUCUGGUGGUCCUGUCCGUCCUUCUGGUAGGAACUCUGAUCUCCAUCUCUGUCUUCCUCAUCGCUUGCCGUCGUUGCUGUCGAGGAGGGCAAUUCUGUCCCAGGACCAGCGAUGACCCCGAGAAAACCACCACAUACAUGGAGGAGUCUCAACCCACCCAUGAAAUCACUAUCAGGGUGGAUGAGUCAGACUGCCUGUCCGUGACCAGCUCUCACGACCAAGAGACCGAGCGUUUCCUGUCCACCGGCCCCACAGGCCGCCGUGUCUCCUUCAAUGAAGCUGCGCUCUUUGAUCAUGGCAAGAAAACCCAGGAGAAAGGCCGCAGGUACACUCUGACAGAAGGUGACUUCCAUCACCUGAAGAAUGCGCGUCUCACAAACCUCCACAUCCCACCUCCGGCACUCAAGAUAGUCACCAUCCACGAGUGCGACUCGGCCGAAAACACUAUCACCAUGACGACACGCCCUGUUGCUAAAUCAGCACUUUCCAUCUUCCAGCCGAUGCUCUGCCCUCUGCCACAAACGGCACUGACAAGCUUGAAUGUCAAUCCUACUUGUGCCCUCCCCGGGGAUGCUCUCAACUCCAUGGUGGACACCAGCUUCUGUGAAAACCCUGCACUUCCCAGUAGUAAAGAGACAAGCUCCAGCUCUCACGAGAUGAUGGGAAUGAAGCCCUGGGACAGAAGCAGCAGUGCUAGUGUCAAAGAGGGUAUGGCCAUGGGUGUUCUUGCUGGCAGUAGCACAGGGAGCCCAAAGCCUGUGCUGCAGUUCCUCAAUAAACUUCGACGCCACGCUAGUCUGGAGGGGGCCAGUCCCUACUUCAAGAUUAAGAAGUGGAAGCUGGACAGCAGCCAGAGAGCCUCCAGUCUGGACACAAGAGGCUCUCCCAAGAGGAGACAGUUCCAGCGCCAGCGAGCCGCCAGUGAGAGCAUGGACCAGGAGGAUGACACGCACCACAUAGACCUCAUCCAGUACAUCGCUCGCACCCAGGACGUCACCUACUACCCAAGCCAGCCCACAACACGCCUCCUCUCGCCUCCAUCUACACCACCCCCCUCCCUCGGCAGGGUAGAGGUAGAAGUGAUGGUGGAGCCCAGCUGCAGCCAUGGUGGACCAGGGGUGAUUGGCUUGUCCCCUGAUCCCCAAGAAGAGACCCCCUCUCUGGUAAAAAGGGAAGGGGCCAACUCAUUGGAUCCCCUCCAAUCCCAGGAUCCUCAGUCACUUUAUAGAGACAUCUGGAUGCUACGUGCAACACUUGAACAGUACGCAGCCUCUGACCAGAGCAGCAACAAUGACAGAAUCUCUGUCUGCAGUGAUGCUGACAGCGUGUGUUCGCUGGGAGGACGCACAGAGACAGAAAGAGGAGGGCUUCCCAGCUUUCCAUCCCAGGAUUUAGGAGAUGAGGCAGAUGGUGGAGAGGAUGACAAGGACCUCUUUGUGCAAAUGGAAGAUAAGUCGGGCGUAAGGGAGUCAAGAAAGAAAAAACAUGGAAGCACAGAGUCAGAUCAUAGAGGGAGUGAUGGAGAAUCAGGGACUCGUAAACUCUUGCAGAUGGACAGUGGCUAUGCGUCAAUAGAAGCUCCAUCUCGAGGUUCAGAAGACCUGCGAUUAUUUGGGAGCAGCAGUGUCACUGGAAGCCCCAAAGACAGAACUGCCCAUGAGAAAAGGCAUCAUUUCACAAAUGCAGGGAGAACAGGCACAGUCGGUGAGAGUUUUGAGUCUCAUCUUGUUGAGGAGCCUGAAGAUGAGAUGUUGCUAGGUGCCAGUGGAGGGGGUUCCUUCGAAGCAGGUGCUAGUUCACUGAGCUGGUUGCCUUAUGGUCAGAUGCUCAUGCCUCGUGAGGCUGUACAGCCUCCACCUCAGCCACUAACCCUGCACCGGCGGGACUACAGCAUAGAUGAGAAGACAGAUGCUCUCUUCCAUGAGUUUCUUCGUCAUGACCCUCAGUUUGAUCAGCAGGAGUCACAGAGAAAGCAUCGGUCUCGAAUCCACCUGCGCAAGCAGUGGCAGCGCCACAAACAGUGGAGUGACCCUGGAGUCAGGCAUUUCCAGUCCUCCUUUGAGAGACAGCGUACCCCACUGAGGAGGGGGGAUAGUGUAAACUACCCUUUGGACACGAGCUAUCACAGUACUCUGCCCCGUAUUGUUAGCGCUCCUGAUGAGGAGGCCAGCGACGGGCCCAGCAGCACUCCUGAUACGCCAAAAGUUGAACCAUCCACUUUGGACACUGGAAGAAAUUACAAAACGCUUAGUGCUGCUGAGACGGACUCUGAGGACCACACAUCCUCUUGUCUUCCACUUCAGCCUUCCAUCUCCGAAAAAGAUGGUGGGCCGGUUGACCACCCUCUCGAACCGGAUGAACGCUCGCCCCCUCAGUUGCCCAAUUCCUCAAGCUACGGCCCACAAACUAUCACAGCAGAGCUAACAGACAAACUGAUUGCCAACCUGGAUGAGAGGCUGUACACGGGCCUUCGCCAGACCAAGGACACAACCACUGAGUGUGUGACGGUGAUGGCCACUCAUGUCUCUCCAGACCACAGCCCAGUGUAGCAGGGCUACGGUGAUCAGCUUUAACAGCCUCAGUUAGGUUUUAGCUUCUUUGUAUUUUUUUAUGUACAGCUUCUUUAGACACAUACGGAAUAUGUUCAAAUAGGUCUAAAAUCAACCA